GGCUCAGGGCCGCGGGGCCGGCGGCGCCAUGAAGGAGGCGCUGGAGCUGCUGUGCCGGCUGCCGGCGCACCCCGACUCGCGCUGCUGGUUCCUGGCCUGGAACCCCAGCGGCACCCUGCUGGCCUCCUGCGGCGGCGACCGCUGCGUGCGCCUGUGGGGCAGAGACGGCUCGGGCUGGUCGUGCCAGGCGGUGCUGGGCGAUGGGCACCAGCGCACGGUGCGCAGGGUGGCCUGGUCCCCCUGCGGCUCCUACCUGGCCUCUGCCAGCUUCGAUGCCACCACCUGCAUCUGGAAGAAGCAAGAUGAUGGCUUCGAGUGCAUCACCACCCUGGAGGGCCACGAGAAUGAGGUCAAGUCGGUGGCCUGGGCCCCCUCUGGCACUCUGCUGGCCACCUGCAGCCGGGACAAGAGCGUCUGGGUCUGGGAAGUGGACGAGGAGGAGGAGUACGAGUGCGUCAGCGUCCUCAACUCCCACAGCCAGGACGUCAAGCACGUGGUGUGGCACCCCAGCCAGGAGCUCUUGGCCUCUGCCAGCUAUGACGACACAGUGAAGCUGUACCAGGAGGAGGAGGACGACUGGGUCUGCUGUGCCACCCUGGAGGGCCACGAGUCCACGGUCUGGAGCGUGGCCUUCGACAGCUCCGGCGAGCGCCUGGCCUCCUGCAGCGACGACCGCAGCCUGCGCAUCUGGCGCCGCUUCCAGCCUGGCAACCAGGAGGGGGUGCCCUGCAGCGGCACCGACCCCACCUGGAAGUGCGUCUGCAACCUCUCCGGCUACCACUCCAGGACCAUCUACGACGUGGCCUGGUGCCACCUGAGCGGGGCGCUGGCCACGGCCUGCGGGGACGACGCCAUCCGCGUCUUCGAGGAGACCCCCUCGGGGCUGCCCCUGCAGCCCUCCUUCAGCCUGGCAGCCCACGUGCCCCGUGCCCACGCCCAGGACGUCAACUGCGUGGCCUGGCACCCGCGGGAGCCCGGGCUGCUGGCCUCCUGCGGCGACGACGGCGACAUCGCCCUCUGGCGCUACCAGCGCCCCGAGCUCUGCUGA